AUGGCAAGUCCAUCGGAGUCUAUGUUUUCAUGGCAGUAUAAUUCCACAAAUCAAGGACUGGAGACGAAUCUUCAGUUCUGUGAAAAUGUCCCUAGGCCUGAAAUACCAUCCCGUGGCAUUGGAAGCAUUGUCAAAGUACUCGCCGUUUCGUUGAAUCCUCAAGACUACAAGGUCCCUGAAAUGACAUUGGUUGGCAAAAUGGCCACUAGGCCUCCAGCAACCCCUGCUUCUGAUUUUGUCGGGCGCAUUUACGAGACAAAUGUCCCCGGGCUCAAGAUUGAUGAUGUUGUUUGUGGGACAUUGGGUCUACCGCAGAAGCAUGGCUCUUUGGCGGAGUAUAUCCUCGUCAUGGGAACGGACGGUAUUGUGAAAGUUCCCAAGGAGUUCGUGGAUGAGGAUGACUGUGCGUUGAAACUGCAGCAGCUCUCUUGCAUGGGAAUAGCGGCAUUGACGGCCCUGCAAACUCUUGAUGGCGUGACAGAGGGGAAUCGCGUCUUUAUUAACGGUGGUAGUGGAGGCACCGGAACCUUUGCAAUUCAGAUCGCAAAGCACGGCCUGGGUUGUGCAGAAGUUACUGCUAGCUGCUCGCCAACCAACGUUACGUACCUGAAAGAACUCGGGGCAGAUACGUUAAUCGACUACACAACCCGAGAUGUAACUCUCGCACUGAGAGAACACGUCAAUCAAACAGGCGAGAAGUUCGACCGCAUUGUGGACCUGGUUGGGAAUAAUAUGCAAAUGUACUGGCAAUCUCACCACUUUUUGAAGGAGAAUGGAAAAUACGUGCUUGUUGGGACAGGUACUAUUGGGGAACUUACAUGGAAUUUGCUCAAAAUAUUCCUCUUGCCCAAGUUCCUUGGUGGGGGCCAGAGAGAAUUUUCCAUGAUGGCAGUGAAGGUAAGAAAACUGGACAUGGAGAAAUUGGGAACCUGGGUUUUGGAAAACAAGGUUAUACCUGCGGUGGAUCGUGUGUUUUCGAUACAUGACGUGCCAAAGGCAUUCAAGGAGUUGAAAACUGGAAAAAGAAGAGGCAAGCUAGUUGUUCAAGUGGCAGAUGCCGCAAGCAUAUCGAUUGGUAGAUAA